UUGAUACAGAGUGAAAAUGAAAUGUUUUCUUCCAACUGUGGCAGUUUAAGUGAAUGACAAAAUGGUGUUUAAAAUUUAGAAAUAAAUUAUUAUAAUUUUAAUCAAGAUUAACCUAAUGGAGUGUGUUAAUUAACGUAAAAUACCGAAACAAAUUAAAUAAAUAAUAUUAGUGAGGGGAAAAGUUCUGGAUUUGGAUCAAGACCCCAGUUUGUGAACUUGAAAGUGAUCAAAAAGUUUUGAACAGCAACUCUUGACAAAUUCAUUUGGAUCUCUGAAAUAACGGCAUAAUAUGCACGAUGGAAGACUACAACGAGACUUACGACGAUAUGGCCAACAGCUCCGAGAGCUACCAGCCGUACUACGAGAGGCCGGAGACCUAUAUUGUACCUCUGAUAUUUGCACUAAUAUUCGUCAUAGGUGUUGUGGGCAAUGGUACACUAGUUGCCGUGUUCGUCAGACACAAAGCUAUGAGAAACGUGCCUAAUACAUACAUCCUCUCACUGGCCCUAGCAGACUUGCUCGUUAUAAUCACGUGCGUGCCCUUCACGUCCAUCGUGUACACUGUGGAGUCCUGGCCCUGGGGAGCCACGGUCUGCCGCGUGUCUGAAGCCGCCAAAGAUGUCAGUAUCGGCGUGUCAGUGUUCACGCUGACAGCCCUGUCAGCUGACCGAUACUUCGCGAUAGUCGAUCCGUUGAGGAAGCUUCAUGCAACAGGGGGCAGCAAGCGCGCGACACGUCUGACAGUAGCAACAGCCAUCGGCAUAUGGAUAUUAGCAGCUAUUCUAGCCACGCCAGCGUAUGUUGGUUCCUAUGUCAGAGCGUUCGUCGUUAAUCCUACAACACAGUUUUUAGUAUGUUAUCCAUACCCAGUGGAGUGGGGUGAGAGCUACCGUCGCGGCAUCGUGCUGAUGAGGUUCCUGGUGUACUACUCCUUGCCGCUGGCCGUCAUCGCGUUGUUCUACAUCCUCAUGGCGAGGCACCUGGUGCUGAGCACGCAGAACGUGCCUGGAGAAAUGCAGGGGACACAGAGACAGAUGCGAGCAAGAAGAAAGGUAGCCGUGACUGUGUUAGCUUUUGUACUGGUGUUCGCUGCGUGCUUCCUGCCUUCACAUGUCUUCAUGAUGUGGUUCUACUACUGUCCAACCGCGCAAGAAGACUACAACGGAUGGUGGCACGCGCUGAGGAUCAUCGGAUUCUGUCUCUCGUUCCUGAACAGUUGUGUCAACCCCAUCGCCUUGUACUGCACCAGCGGAAUCUUCAGGAAACACUUCAAUAGGUAUCUCCUUUGCCGAAGCAGUUCCACGCAUGGUCCAAGAGGCUCACUGUCCUUAUCUACUUCAAGAAGACUGCACUCAAGCAGGAAAACUAACAUCAGCAUGGUGCCAAGAACAACCAGCGUCGGCCGCGAGAGCAGCAUCAGGCUGCUGAACAACGGCUCAUCAAAGCUCUGAGGAAGGAGUCGUGGCCUCAGGUCCACGGCGAACAACAACCAAGAGAGGUCCAAAGAGAACUAUAGCAAGUCAUUUGUUUACAAAGCGGACUAUACGGCGCCUUUCCCAAAGUGUUGUGAAAACGAAAAUGGAGUGACCCAUGUUGAAACGAAUUUCGACGGCAAAGAUGCCAGUAGUACGGAAAGCUUCUUCUUGCCUUUGGAGAAUUUCCGCUCCUGUUAAUCAAUUUUAAUGGUUUAUUGGUGCUGGACAACUCGGGCGAUUAUUAAAAUCACUGGAUACCAGAAACACAUUGCCUUAUAUCGUCUCUUGGAAUAUGCUUGAUGCAAUUAUGAAAGUGUGGCAUCGCUCUACGCCUUAUAGUUCAUCGUUUCACUUCCUUAAAUGCAAUACUUACUUUAGGCGAUGGCCCUGACAAUCAUCAGGCUGGUCGUCAAAUUUUAAUGAUCGUUGGUAUCCAAUGGCCUUGACAAUCAUUGAUCAUCAGGCUGGCCGUUAUGAAUUUCAAUGCUAGUAUCCAUAAAAAUCGUUCGAGUUGAAAACGCGUGAUAGCCAAAAUGCCUGCAGAAAGGCAGGUGGUACACCAAACUAUUGCAAA